AUGGACGGCGAGCAAGCGUCUGCCUCGCCUGCCUGGAGACAUGGCUCCUUCCCCGACAACCGCGAAGCUCCCCCAACCUACCACGGCCUUCCCUUCGGAUACGAUUACGACGAUAGGCAGAGCCCUGCUAACGACAUCUACGACCCACCCGCCCGCUAUCAUUUCGACCGCCCGCCCACCCCGACCUUCGAGUCUGCACUGCGAUCGCACGCCCGCCCGCCCAUAGAACGCGCCUCCUCCAGCGCCCAGCACUCGCAUACCGCCGGGUUACACCUGCCAAGGUUGGGCAACAUGGCGUCUUCAGCAUCCAGACGGUUCGCGGGCGAUGGCUUCGACUACAGGCGGCCGGCUGGCUCGGCAAGUCAACACACAACAGCGUCUGUCGAUCUGACGGGGGACGACGAGGACGACGUGGCUAUCGACCUGAGCCAGGACGACGACAUCAUUGACUUGACAGCCGAUGAUUCGGGCGACGGGGAGAGUCACAAUGGCAACAACCCACGCGAGCAACAACAACAACAACAGGACAGAGGACAGCAAGAGUCGCAUCGCGGUGGCCGUCACCCACGUCGUUUGCCAAGGGGCUUUGACAUCAUCAUCGACCUCGACAAUGGCGAGGAGGAGUGGCACCCCGAUCCACCAGCGCCGCAACCAAGCUCGCCCGAGAUCGAGUUCAUUUCGUCGCGCACAAUACCCGGUCAGCGCCACCUUCAACCAGUCGACGAGAACGAAUCCGAUGGCGAGGAUGUGCGGUUCAUACGGGCGAACGCGUUACCAGAGGCAGAGGUACGGAGACGGCAGAGGAACGAGCAGUUGGACAACGUCAUGGAUCUCUUUGGGACAUUGAACGGACGUUUCACGCACCUCCGAGCCCAAGUCGAUCGAUUCCACGAACAGGUCAACCGCACCGCAAACCGCUUCCACGAACCCGUCGCCCCUUCGCGCAGUGCCUCUCGGGGUCGUGCGCCGCACAUCCGAGUAGGCGCAUUCCAAGCGCCCAUGCUGGACUUCGAUGUCAUAGGCUUCGACAUUGGCCCACGGGUACGCGAAGCACCGCCUCCUCCCGCUACCUACGACGCGCCACCACCAGCUCCGGAGGGCUUCACGAGGAGUCCAGAAGAAGAAGGAGAGGCGCUUAUAUGUCCCAAUUGCGAGGAGCAGUUGUGUGUCGGCAGCGACGAGAUCAAGAGGCAGGUGUGGAUUGUCAAGGGAUGCGGUCAUGUAUACUGCGGCGAAUGCACAGCCAAUCGAUCGGCGAAGCGUAGUGCUAAAGGCAAGGAGACGCGCGCAAAUACGAACCCAUUCAAAGUUUGUGUGGUUGACGACUGCGAUAAGAAUGUGUCCCACAAGAAGAGCAUGAUUCAGGUAUUCUUGUGA